AUGAACAAGAUGUAAUGGAUAUAAAUAAUUUACUUCCGAUUGUUAAAUUUACUUCUAAUAAAGAGGAAGAUAUUGAUUUAAUGGAAUGGAAGUUAACAAUAGAUGAAGUUGUAAUGUCAAGUUGA